CCUUCCCUUUCGCCCUCUCCCCCUGUCUUCUUGUUCUUCUUCAUCAUCUUACUCUUGUUCAUGCAAAACUAAUUAGGGUUUCUUCUUAUCGGAGAGGAAUUGGAGACAUUUGGGUAUACCCUCGUGUCUCCCCAUCCUCUCCAUCAGAUACAUUCAUUAGAUAUUCAAAAACAGUUUAUGUUAUUAAUAUAAUCUCAUGAGUUUUGGGGGAUUUCUCGAUAGUAACGGCUCAGCCGGCGGCAUCGGCGGCGGUGGCGGCGGCGGCGGUGGUACUCGGAUUGCUAGUGAUAUACCCUUUAGUAAUAACCACAGCAAUCAUAACAUGGGUUAUGGUGGAAAAUCGAUUUUUAACUCUCCUGGGCUAUCUCUUGCUCUUCAGACAGGUAUGGAGGGACAAGGUGAGGUUUUACCUCGGAUUUCUGAAACAUUUGAGGUAAAUGGUGGAAGAAGGAGCAGGGAUGAAGAACAUGAUAGCAGAUCUGGUAGUGAUAAUCUUGAAGGUGGCUCUGGUGAUGAUCUGGAUGCCACCGACAGACCUCCGAGGAAGAAGAGAUAUCACCGACACACUCCUCAACAAAUCCAAGAACUCGAAUCUCUUUUUAAGGAGUGUCCUCAUCCUGAUGAAAAACAAAGGUUAGAACUUAGCAGGAGGCUUAGCUUAGAAACCAGACAAGUUAAAUUCUGGUUUCAGAAUCGUAGAACUCAAAUGAAGACUCAAAUAGAGCGUCACGAGAAUUCAAUUCUGCGACAAGAAAAUGACAGGCUUCGAGCUGAAAACAUGACAAUCCGAGAAGCAAUGAGAACUCCAAACUGCAACAAUUGUGGCGGGGGUGCAGCUAUGAUUGGAGACCACUCUCUCGAAGAACAACAUCUUCGAAUUGAAAACGCGCGAAUAAAAGAAGAACUUGAUCGUGUUUGUGCCCUUGCGGGUAAAUUCAUAGGUCGUCCCAUUUCAUCGAUGCCUGGUUCAUUGCUAAGCAAUUCAGGAUCAUUCAAUGGCUUGAAUCCUGAUUUUGGAGUUGGGAUUAAUAAUUCUAGUUUACCUAUUGUUUCUCCCAAUAGAGUUGCUUCGCAAACUACUACGGGUAUUGAUAGGUCUUUGGAAAGAUCAAUGUAUUUGGAACUAGCUUUAGUUGCUAUGGAUGAACUUGUUAAGAUGGCGCAAACCGAUGAGCCACUUUGGUUUAAGAGUUUGGAAUUAGGCGGAAGAGAUGUAUUAAACGAAGAGGAGUAUUUUAGAAUGUUUAAUCCUUGUAUCGGUUUGAAACCUAACGGUUUUGUAACCGAGGCUUCGAGAGAGACGGGGAUGGUCAUCAUCAAUAGCUUAGCACUCGUCGAAACACUAAUGGAUUCUAAUCGUUGGGCGGAGAUGUUUUCUUGUAUGAUCUCUAGGGCUGCCACGACCGACGUGAUAUCGAGUGGCAUGGGUGGGACCCGUAACGGCUCUCUUCAAUUGGUGCAUGCUGAACUUCAAGUUCUUUCGCCACUAGUGCCUAUUCGAGAGGUUAAUUUUCUUCGGUUUUGCAAACAACAUGCCGAGAAUGUAUGGGCGGUUGUCGAUGUUUCGAUCGAUUCGAUAAGAGAUUCUUCGGGUGCGCCAACUUUUGUUAGCUGCAGGAGGCUUCCAUCUGGCUGUUUGGUUCAAGAUAUGCCUAAUGGGUAUUCUAAGGUUACAUGGAUAGAACAUUCAGAAUUCGAUGUAAGCAUUAUUCAUCAAAUUUACCGACCACUAAUAUGCAACGGAAUGGGUUUCGGCGCACCUAGAUGGAUGGCAACUCUCCAACGUCAAUGUGAAUGUCUUACAAUCUUAAUGUCAACUUCUAUGCCUACAAGAGAUCAUACUUCGGCUAUAACUGCUGGUGGGAGGAGAAGUAUGUUGAAGUUAGCCCAGAGAAUGACUGAUAAUUUCUGUGCGGGAACUUGUGGUUCGACGGUUCAUAAAUGGAACAAGAUUCCUAUGAAUAAUGUUGAUGAAGAUGUUAGGGUUAUGACUAGGAAUAGUAUGGAUGAUCCUGGUGAACCGCCGGGGAUUGUUUUAAGUGCAGCCACUUCUGUUUGGCUGUCGGUUUCUCCGACAAGAUUAUUUGAUUUCUUGCGUGAUGAAAGGCUUAGAAGUGAAUGGGAUAUUCUAUCUAAUGGUGGGCCUAUGCAAGAAAUGGCUCAUAUUGCUAAAGGUCAAGAUCCUGGAAAUUCAGUCUCUCUCCUUCGUGCCAGUGCGAUGAAUCCUGACCAGAGUAGCAUGUUGAUUCUACAAGAGACAAGCGUAGAUGCAGUUGGUUCGCUUGUGGUGUACGCGCCGGUAGAUAUUCCGGCCAUGCACGUGGUAAUGAAAGGAGGUGAUUCAGCUUACGUAGCUCUUCUACCAUCUGGGUUUUCAAUUGUGGCUGAUGGGUCUGGAUCAAGAGGUCGACAAGUGAACGGCGGAUCCACCGGUACCGGCGCCGGUGAUGGUGUUAAUGGGUCACUUUUGACGGUGGUGUUUCAAAUCUUGGUUACUAGUCUUCCAAACAGUAAACUGAAUAUGGAAUCGGUUGAAACGGUGAAUAAUCUCAUUUCAUGCACCGUACAAAGGAUCAAAAGUGCACUUCAAUGUGAAAACUGAUCGAUCGACCGACGGUUGCCGGAAUUAUUAAUGACUUUGGGUUUUUUUUUGUUUUUUUUUUUUAAAUUUUUAUAUUGGAGUGGUUGGGGUUUGGGUUUGGGGGAUGUUUAUGAGUCAAGAGCGAACCAGGUUUGAAAAGUAUGGAUCCUUAGUUGUGACUGAGUCAACUCGGAUGCAAAUUUGGUGGUUUGAAGGUAUAAGGAAUGAAUGGUUCGGGUAUUGACUCGGGUAUCUUGACGAGUUGACUCCUUAGACUGACUUUCUUUUAUCAUCUUAUAUAUACUAUUAUUAUCAUUGGACAACUUUUCUAUUCUAAUUUAUCAAAUAUUCAUACAAUUUCUUUCAA